AUGUCGUUGAGCCCAAAGCACACGACGCCCUUCUCCGUGUCCGACAUCCUGAGCCCCAUCGAGGAGACCUACAAGAAGCUCGGCGGUGCCAUGGACGGCGCGCCGUCGGGCCUGGGGACGCCCCUCGCGGCCGCCGCCUACCGCGCGCCGCCGCCCGGCCCGUCCUCGCAGGCGGCGGCCGUGACGGGCCUGCAGCCGCCCCACGCCAUGUCGGGCCACGGCGCGGCGGCGGCCACCUACCACAUGGCGCCCGGCGUCUCGCCGUUCCCGCACGGGGCCGUGGGCGGCUACUGCAACGGCAGCCUGGGCAACGUGGGCGAGCUGCCCGCCUACACGGACGGCAUGCUGGGCGGCGCGGCGGCCGCGGCCCCCGGCUGGUACGGCGCCAACCCGGACCCGCGCUUCUCGUCAAUCUCCAGGUUCAUGGGGCCGUCGGCGGGCGUGAACGUGGCCGGCAUGGGGCCGCUGACGGGCAUCGCCGACGCCGCCAAGUCGCUGGCGCCGCUGCACGGGGCGGCGCCGCGAAGGAAGCGCCGCGUGCUCUUCUCGCAAGCCCAAGUCUACGAGCUGGAGCGGCGCUUCAAGCAGCAGAAGUACCUGUCGGCGCCCGAGCGCGAGCACCUGGCCAGUAUGAUCCACUUGACGCCGACGCAGGUCAAGAUCUGGUUCCAGAACCACCGCUACAAGAUGAAGCGGCAGGCCAAGGACAAGGCCGCGCAGCAGCUGCAGCAGGAGGGCAGCCUGGGGCCGCCGUCGCCGCGCCGCGUCGCGGUGCCCGUGCUGGUCAAGGACGGCAAGCCGUGCCAGAACGGCGCCAGCACGCCCACGCCGGCCCAGGCCGGCCCGCAGCCGCCGGCCCCGACGCCGGUGCCCGAGCUCCGGGAGCUGUCGCCCAGCCCUCCCGCGCUGCACGGCCCCGGGGGUGGCCUGGCGGCCCUGGACGCGGCGGCCGGAGACUACGGCGGCGGCGUGCUCGGGGCCAACCUGCUCUAUGGCAGGACGUGGUGA